AUGUCUCUCGAAGUUCACCAUCUCCACCUUUCCCAAUCCGAGAGGAUCGUAUGGCUGCUAGAGGAGCUUAACAUUCCCUACGAGCUGCAUGUCCACGAGCGCGACCCACAGUCCGCUCUGGCGCCGGCAGACCUCAAGGCCCUCAACCCCUUCGGCACCGCGCCCUACUUCCGGGACACCAAAGUCUCGCCACCUGUGGAGCUCUCUGAAUCGGGUGCCAUCGUGGAGUACAUCCUGACCGUCUAUGGCGGCUCUGGCGCGGUGCGGUUGACGAGAACCCCAGACGACAAGGAGUAUGGUGCCUACCUGCAGUGGUUGCACUACGCCAACGGCUCUCUGCAGCCGACCAUGAGCCGCAACAUGACCUUCCUGCUCGCGGGCAUCGGUAGCGGGAAUCCCAUCAUCGAGUCGUUCAAGGCCAGGACGGAUACGGCGCUGAGGCUGCUAGAUGACAGGCUCGCCGUGAGCAAGUACCUGGCAGACGAGGAGCUGAGCACGGCGGACAUCAUGAGCUUAUUCAGCCUGACCACCACGCGAGGGUUCUGCCCACGGGAUCUGAGCCCGUACCCGAACAUCCUGAGGUACCUGAAGGAUAUCGCGGCUCGCCCUGGAUACCAGGAGGCGAUCAGGAAGGGCGACCACGGGAUGGAGCCCAUGAUCGCAGCCCAGGCUCUUUCGAGGGAAAAGUAA